CCUUCGAUUGGCCUCGACGCUCCACUCGAUCCGAUUCCAUCCAAUGGAGACGAGAGCCAUGGCAGCUGCCGCCUCUCCGCCGAGCUCGACGGCGGCGGUGGCGCUCCCGUUGCUGCUGCACGACGUCGGCCCCGAGUACUACGAGCCCCAGGCGCAGUACGGCAUCGCCGGGCGAUCCCUGGUGAACGCGACCAUCGGCCUGCUCCAGGACCACCGUUGCUUCGAGACGCCGCAGGGGUGGGUGCUCGCGCUGGACCCGGCCUCCCUGCGCACCUUCCUGUGGCGCCCGGAGGACGGCGAGCGGAUCGCGCUGCCGGACAUGGACGAGGACUUCCCAACCGACUGCAAGUGCGUGCUCUCCGACGACCCGCGCGCCGCCUUCUGCGCCGUCAUGGUCCUCGACCUGGACAGGGACAAGUUCGAGUACUGGCUGUGCACCGUCGGAGGCACCAAGUGGCGGCGCCGGUGCUACACGGUCACCGUAUACAACGCCGACGACCAGCCCGUGGCGAGGCACAUGGCCUGGCACAAGGGCAUCGCCGCCGUUGGGGGCACGGUCUACUUCGAGCUCAGCGGGUACGAGAUGGGAUUCGUCGAGUUUGACCCCGUCGACGGCGAGCCGACCUACGGGGCAUUCGAAGUCGACAUGGUUGACCUUCCUGACAGCACGCCGAGGACGAUAUGGUCGAGCUACCUCGUCGAGUCCCGCGGCGAUCUGUUUCUGGUCGUCGUCAUCUUCGACGGCGAGAACGUGCACAAGAUCGCCGAGGUCACCGUGCACAGGAUGGAUUUCUCGGCGCCGGCGUGGUGCCAGGUCGACGGGAUUGGUGAUCGGGUGUUUCUUCUCGGCGGAGAUCGGAUCGGGGAGUCCAACUUCGGAGCAUCGUGCUCUGCUGGGGAACAUGGCCUCCAGGGCAACUGCAUAUACUUUCUGAAUCACUAUGCGAUCAACGAGAACUUUGUGCAUAUCAUCGACUUGGAGAGGGGGACUGAAGAAGUGCAACGGCCCUCCAGGGAAUUCGUGGACCCGCUGCGCCCGCCAUUUUGGAUGUUGCCUACAGAAGAAGUGGCAGAGGAGGUGGACGACGGCUUGGCAGCAGAAUUCCACCACUCUAUCUGGAGUAUUGCGUGUGACAUUUGUUUGGCAUAUGUUGAACUUGCGUGUAACAUUUGUUUGGCAUAUGUUGGACUUGUUCUCUAGUUUUCACGUUACUUUGUUUGUUCACAUCUGCUGCCAUUUUCCCGAGCUUGCAGUGUGAGCAUGAUAAUGUCAGUCUUGUUGUAUGCCGAAAGAAUCGUGUUUCUGCAGUUGCCUUCUUUUUGAGAUAAGCUAAAUUUUAUUCCGGGCCUCUGUAUAAGGCACAACCAUUCA